AUGAAUGACUUGUUCCAAAAAAGAUUUUCAUUCGUGAAAGCCGAUAAUUGGGUUUUACCGCCAAUUAGUACAUUACUUCAAGCUGAGUUGUGGACACAUACUAACUUGAUUGAUAUAAAAAGUGAUUUGAAUGCUGUAAAAUCUCUUUUAAAUGAUAAAGGAGAGCAGUGGCAAAAACAUACAUCGAAAAUAAAUAAGGCUGGAUUUGUGAUAAAUUAUAUAAAAACUGUUUUUAAACCUGAACUAUUAACCCAAGCAUGGUGCAAGUUCUAUGAAAUUUUGCAUCAAUAUGAUAUUAUUUCUACAAACAAUGGCAACUUCAAGUCUUUUCAUCUUUGUGAAGCACCAGGUGCUUUUAUCAGUGCCCUGAAUUAUUUCCUGUGCUUAAAGCAUCCAACUCUUUGUUGGCAAUGGCUAGCUAACACUUUGAAUCCUUAUUAUGAAGGACAUAAUAUAAAGAAUGUGAUUGUUGAUGAUCGCCUGAUCUUUCGCACCUUAAAUUUUUGGCACUUUGGCAAAGAUAACACUGGGGAUAUCACAAGCUUGAAUUAUUUUGAAGACGUUCAAGAGUGCUGCAAUGAAGAAAACUUGAUGAACUUGGUUACAGCUGAUGGAAGUUUCAGCUGCUUAGACAAUCCGGGUGAACAGGAGUUAGCCGUCUCUCGUUUACACUUUGCUGAGCUGUUGAUUGGACUUACCAUUUUAGCACCAUCUGGAAGUUUUGUAAUCAAAAAGUUCACAUUUUUUGAAUGCUUAACUGCAUGUCAACUCUAUUUCCUAUGUUGUGUUUUCAAUCAGGUCCAUGUUUUUAAACCAUUUACAAGUAAAGCAGGAAAUUCUGAAGUGUAUGUUAUAUGUAAGGGUUACAUUGGGAGGAAAGAAAUAAUGCCAUAUUUGAACUAUAUGCUUGAAAUAUAUAAAUCGGAAAAAGAAACGAUCUUUCCAAAAUCAUGCAUUCCAGAAUCAUUCAUGGGACAGCUUCUUCAGUGCUGUAAUUAUUUUUCUUCACUUCAGAAAACUGCAAUCAAGGAGAAUAUUUCAUUGUAUACGUCGGGAGCACUGGAUGAAAAUUUCUGGAACGAAACAAAACACAAAUGUGGUGAAAUGUUCUUAAAAAAGUACUCGGUUACGUCUCUUGAGGAUUAUGAAUUUAGAAGAUUGUGUCAAUUUCAAAAGCAGAUAUUAACAAGUUUUUAUGAUAAUGAUAAUAGAAGCUGCAAAGAUCUUUAUUUUCAAGCAUUUGGUGAAACUUUUGAAAACUUAAAAAAAUCAAAAACUAUGCAGAGGAGUGAUAUUAUUUUAGAUGUUCAAAAACGAAUGGAAAUGUGUUUUCCCAGAAGUUUGAAAAGACCUUUGAAUUCAUUGGCAUGGGAUCAAGUGUGGAAAGAAAUACCCAAACGAAUGAAAAGCAAAACAUACCAAAAUUGGAUAACCAAAGGCAAAAAAGUCUUCAUUAUUCAAAAUUCCAAGUUUUGCAAUCCACUUAUUCUUCAUCUGUGGAAUAGGGUUGCACAAAAUAGUGAGCUUAGUAAAAGUCCUGCUGAAAUCAAUCAUCUUUCUUACUGGGCAAUUGAAGAUGCAAAAGGUUUGCUUGUGCAAGAAGAAAAUAUUAUAAAAUGCACACUAAUUUCAGUUUCUAUGAGUCCUUAUCCUGUUGUCGGAAUCGAUUCUCUCUUGUCCAACUUAAAAGAGUCAUUUGCACAAAUUCAAGUCUGUGACCUGAAUCAUGAUUUAGAAGCAUUAAAUAUGAUCGAAGGGAAGAGAAGUUUCUUUGUAAAUACUUUGAAUUGGGUGGCUUCUCUACAUGAAGAGUGUAUUGUUAAAAAUCAUUUAACAAAAAUAUUGCUCUCUAUAAUUAAGGUUUUAAAAGAAGGAGACACAUGUUUUAUAUGUAUUCAAAGCACACUCACUAGGUAUACUGUGGGGCUGUUCUUUAUGUUUCUUUCAUUAUUUGAAAAGUUCCUGAAGUUAAUGCCUUGUACCUUGGCACCACCAAAUUGUGGUCAGAUUUGGAUUUUCUACAACUUCAAAAGGCCUGCUUGGACUAACCGUGUUUUAAACCAUUUAGAAAAUAUUCUUAAUGCUCAACUAGAUGAAGAAACAGACAUUUUAGAAAUUGUUCCAAUUUCGUCAUUAUGUGGUGGAUAUUUUUAUCAAUAUUUAUUGAAGAGUAACAAUGAUUACAUGUUACAGAGGUUGAGAAGUUUGAUUUCCAUAGAAAAGAGUCAUUAAUGAUUGAUAUAUUUUUGCAUAUGUGUUCAUAAAGAUGUAUAAUAA